AUGAUGGAAAGUAAUAUUCAAGGGAGAAUUGCUAGUAUGGAUUGUAAGGGUAUUUCAAAUCAUGUUCAAGAAAGAAUAAUUUUUUUAGAAAAUAAAAUUAGAGAAUCUAUCUAUAAAACAAAGACAAAAGUACUAGCUAAUAAAACAGGUUUGCUAAAAAAUGAAGUAAGAGAUCUUUUAUCUAGUAUGACUUCAAAAAAAGCAAUAAAAAAAAGGAAUGAUAUUACUGAGGAGAAGGUUAAUUCAUUAAGUGAGGCGGUUAGUCGAAUAGUUUGUAAAGAACAUGAACAGUUAACUGAAGUAAAAUUAAAACUAGAUAAUUUGAAUGAUGUUUCAAGUUCUAACUAUCAAAUCAUUCGUGAGGCACAUGAAUCAUUUCGGGGAAGAGAUAAUUACUCAAAUAUUAUUUUUAAUAAUCCAUCAGAAAAAAUAAAAGAAUAUUUAAAAAAAAGUGAAUGUUUAGAGAAUGAUAUUAAAAUCAUUUCUGAAAAUUCUGGAGGUAACUAUGAAGAGAUGUUAUCCUCUUUAGAAAUCAGGGAGAAAUGUUUGAAUGAACAAUUAUCUAGAUUAGAUAAUUUAUUAAUGUAUGAUGAAGAAUACAUUAAUAAAAGAACUAAAGAUAUAAUAGAAUUAAAAGAGAAAAGAAAAUUAGAAAGAGAAAAUAUUAAAAAAGAGAUGGUAAUGCUAGAAAGUAAAAUUAAAGAAGCCUUGAGUUUUAAUAAUAACCAAACACAUAAAAUUAUAAAGUUAGGGCAGUUUUAUAAAACUAAAGAACAUACAAAUUUAAAAAGUGAUAAGAAGGACGAUCUGAAAAUAACACUUCAAAAUAUGUUAGAUAAGCUAAAGUCUGGAUCGGAGAUUUGUUCUUUUUCGGAGAUGACUACUAUUCCAGAAAGUAUCAGUUCGAAACUCUUGGAACUAGAUCUAAUUUUAAAAGAGAAGGAUGAAAUUAAGUUUGAUACAUCGGUUUUAACAAAACAAAUAGAUAAACAAACUAAAGAUAUAAGUUUGCUAGAAGAAAGGUUAAAAAAUUUUCAGUUUGAAAAAUCCAAGAGAAUAAAGAAUAAAAUAGAUAGUGAGGAAAAAAAAUUAAAAAGAUUGAACGAGACUUUAUUAGAAAUAGAAAAUGUUGUAAAGGCAAAUAAAGUUUUAAAGGAUAAAUUAAACAUACAUUCUGGUGUGGAAGAAGAAUAUGAAAAACUUAAAGAAGCACAGAAAAAAAUAAUUUAUGAAAAGUCUAAACGAAAUUCUUCUAUUGACAAACCCUGUCUCAGGCAAUUGGAUAUUGACAAUGAAUCUGAAUCAUCUUUUAGUUCUGACAAAGAAAGUACUACAAGGACUAGAAAUAAUAAUAAAAAAACAUCUCGAAAUCGUAAAACAAAAAGUCGGUUUUUCUGUAGGGGACCUCUGUCAUCUGAAUUAUGUUCAGAAACCAUUGAAUCUCAGUUUAAAGAAUUGAAACCUUCCAAAGUACUUAAGAAUGUAGAUUAUAAAAAGAAGAAAUUAAAUAAUGGAAAAAAUUUUUUAGAAAAUGAAUUAUGCAAUCAGACUAGUCAACUAGAAGUAGGCAGAGAAGAUAAAGGUGAAACGUAUUGUUUAGAAGCCAAUGAACCUACUCUUAUUGAAGAAUCCCUAAUAAAUGUAAAUUCAAUAAAUGAAAAAAUUUCUAAAAAUACUAAUAGACAAAGAUUAAGGCCAAAACGGCCUAAUAAUGAAAGUCAUGUAUUUGGUACACCAGCAAAAUUAAGAACCUUAGAAAACAGAAGUAAAAGAAAUAAAAUUUCUCUGGGGAAUAAUCGAUUUAAAGAAAACAAUUCUUCAACUAAAUCAAUUGAUACAGGUCCUGAAGAAUAUAAUGUGUUUGUUAACAAUAUUAAUAAAAAACCACAAAUAUCAUCUUCUUCUAAACUUGAAAAUUUUAGUUCUAAUAUGAAUGAAAAAUUAACUACAGAGAUAUCUACACCAAUGGUUAAGCUUAAUGAUUCUAAAGCAAAACAAAUUAACCAAUGGAAUUUUAGUCAAAAAUCAAAUGUGUUAAUGUUUAACUUAGAUGAUGACGGUUCUACUGAUAGUUCUUUGGAUGAUUUAUAA